AUGUCUGAGGUGUGGCCCAGUGACACUCUCAAUCAGUCCCAGCCACCUGCUCCUACUCGUCAUGAAGCCUUUAUGACUGACUUCAAAACUGCUUCCAAACAGGGCAGCAAAGAUUCUAAUCAAAUGGCAUAUGAGGCCGUUUGCCUCGGCCUCAGAAUCGCCGCCGCCGUGGCCAGCCAGGCGCAGGGCAUCCAGCCGCUGCUGCAGGCCGAGAAGCUGGCCGCCGAGAAGGUGUCAGAGGCCCGCAAGCGAAAGAACCGGAGGCUGAAGCCGGCCAAAGAUGCAGCUCAGGCUGAAAUUGAACAGUACCGCCAGCAAAGAGAGAAGGAGUUCAAGGUCAAGGAAGCUGCGGCUCUGGGCUGCCAGGGCAGCUGCAGCACCGAGGUGGAGAAGGAGACCCAGGAGAAGAUGACCAUCCUGCAGACAUACUUCCAGCAGAACAGGGAGGAAGUCCUGGCUAACCUCUUGGCCUUUGUCUGUGACAUCCGGCCAGAAAUCCACGAAAACUACCGCAUAAACGGAUAGGGGACGAAGGAGCAGCUCUGCGCGCGGGUCGGCAUCUUAGGUGCCUUCCUGCUUAUGAGGCUUUGGCAAAGCUGGAGUUACGUUCUUGUGGAAAGG